AUGCUCUCGCUCUUCUCAUCUUUAUCAGCGGAACCAGAAGAGGUUUCGUCGGUGGAAGAGACUGCCACCACGGAAGGAAGCUUGGAAGCUCCACUGCACAAUGCUUCUUUAGAUGAUAUGACGAGACCGCAGUCAACUUCAGAGCCGUCUUCGUGGAACGAAGCUCACGAUCGAUAUUGCAAAGAUAAGGGCGUUCUACGUGCCAGUAUACAUGUCGUAAUACAAGAAGUCUCGAAAGCUGUAGACUACGAGCUCCCUUGGGACCUGCCAUCCCCAUCUGCAUUCGUUACAACCAUUGACGAGGUUGUAGCGCCAUCAACCAACAAUGAACGAACGGGAGUCGACAGAGAAACGUCACGAGGCAUUCGUCAAAUGAUGUGGAAUGGUGCGAGGAAACUAGGUUCCUCUCUCGUAUCUACAGUCUUUCAGGAUGCCUUGGUCGAUGAUGUCGAUUUGAACACCGAAGGUGAGGCAAUUCAGGAAAUUUCCAAUACGACCACCGCUUCCUCCCCUGCAUUGAAUUGGGAUCAACCCAUUAUCCACGUGGCGCAUACGAAUCAUUGCCUACAGGUUAUCGACGAGGUAAUAUACCGACUUACGAAAAGCGAGCAAUCUGCAUUCAAGAUUAUGGAAAAGUCAGAAUUUAGACAGUUUUGUUCACAGACCAAUGAUGAUCUUCUUUCACGUCUCCCACCUAACGACUUGGACUGGCUGCUAGAAAUCUUGGUAAGAAAAGGGCAAGCAAAAGUGGUGAAGAACGAAGGCCUUUCAGAAUUAGUCGUUGUUUCCAGUAGCACAUUGCCCACCGUCACAGGUUCGACUAUAGAUGUGGGCAUCGCCUUGCACAAAUUGAAGCAAGCGCAAAAUGCAUUGGAACACCGAAUGGAAGUGUGGUCCGUUUCUAUCCAGGAGUGUCGUAAGAAAGCUGCCAGACACAAGGUAGACAAACAAACAUCGCUUGCCAUUGUGCAACUGAGGAAAUCAAAACUUUUGCAAGAACGAAUCGAUUCUUCAGCGAAUGCACUGCUAGAGCUGGAGAAAAUUCAAUCUACAAUUGAAAUAACGCAAAACAACCAGGCAAUCUUAGGCCUUGUAGCAGAGGGUUCAGAACAACUCCGCAAUCUGACCCAGCAAACAUCUCUGGAAGAGAUAGACGAAAUCAAAGAAGGUCUCGAAGAAGAUAUUACAGUCGCCAACCAAAUCAAUGAGACUUUAUCCUUCAAUUCACCGGUGGACGAGGAUGCUCUUUUGGCGGAACUCGAGAUGUUGACACUCAUUGACAAUACGACUUCGAAGACACCGGGUGAUGGAUCAGUGAGGCAUAACACUUCUAGAAAAGACGAAAAGAAGUUGACAACACAUGCAACACCACCGGAGGUAGCGCAGGAAAAGGAAUCCAGGCAACUGUUGGCGGCAUGA